AUGCGUAGACUCUCCGUCUUCGCCCGCAAACCUCCUGCGGAAAAGCCCGUGACUCUCGACACGGAGGUUGCGAAGGCCCCGACGAACCUCUCCCACUUCCUCCACCUUCAGAAGGUAAAUUAUCUCAAGGCAGUCGAGCAGGGUCAGUCGCGGCAAUGGACGAUGGUGAUGGGAAACGAAUCUGGAGAUCUUGAUUCACUGGCGAGCUCGAUUGCCUAUGCAUGGCAUGCCACCACGGCACGCCAGGCCCUCACGAUCCCUCUCAUCCAGACAUCCCAGGCAGACAUGUCUCUUCGCGCCGAAAACCUCCAUGCACUCUCCCUCGCCGGAAUUAACCCUUCAAAGGAUCUCCUUUAUUCCGACGAACUCCCUCCUUUCCCAACAGACAAAUAUGUCCUUGUAGAUCACAAUCGUCUCGGUAGGCGGUUCAUAGAGGCCAGUCCCAACGCGCGGGUCGUUGCGGUGAUUGACCAUCAUGAGGACGAGGGACUGUAUACACAGUCGGCAGACCCGCGUAUGAUCGUCGUGCCAACAGGCAGUUGCUCCUCCCUGGUCACGCGUAUUCUCUCACAGGCAAGUCCGGACAACCUCCCUGCUGAACUCGCGAAACUCCUCCUGUGUGCCAUCCUCAUCGACACGAACGGUUUGAAAUCAGGCGGCAAGGCCGAAACAAUUGACCGCGAGUCUGCUGCACGGUUGGCUGUUCGAUCCAAAAUUGCCGAUGCUCAUUCACCCACAAAAUCUGUUUUCGCGAUGUCCACUUCCUCCAGACCCACCUCCCCGCCCCAAGAAUCUUCGCUCCAGGAUCUUUCUGUCAUUCAACAUCUGACAGCUGCCCUACAGAUGAAGAAGAAUUCUGUAGCACAUCUCAGCACACGAGACCUUCUGCGUCGUGACUACAAGGAGUACACAUGGACGCCUUCAUGGGCGCCAUCAUCCACGAUCCAGGUUGGUCUCGCAUCUGUCCCACGCAGCCUAAAGGUCUGGGGGCCCAGUGAAUCAGGUUUCUGGUCCGCAAUCCAUGGAUGGGUCGAGGAGAGAAAUUUGAUCGUGCUUGGCAUCCUUACUUCCUUUCGUGACGACUCAAAAAUCGGGAGUACAAAAGGAAAGGGCAAGCGCGAAAUGCUUUGGUUCAUUCAUGAAGGCGAUGCGGAGCUUACGAGUCGCUUGUGGAAGGGUCUAGAGCAGAGCAAGGAGCUCAAGGUCAAGUCAGUAGACUUGCGGAAAUAUGGAGGAGACGGGAUUCCGGAGGGAUUCGCGGUCCGCGUGUACAAACAAGGCAACGCGGAUGCUACGAGAAAGGUCACUGCACCUCUGGUCAGGAGCAUUAUCGAAGGUAAUGAAACGAAGUAG